AUGAAGGAGAUGGAGCAGGCCACCAACAACUGGUCGAAAGGCAACCUGCUGGGGUCGGGGGGCUUCGGGAACACCCCCUUGCCGUCGUACCAUCCCUACAUUCUCGUGUGCACUGUGCGCGGCUGUACAGAUGAGCCCUCGCCCCUGACGCUGGAGCAGCGGCUGGGCGUGAUAAUGGGAGCAGCGUGCGGGUUUGAGUACUUACAUGGCUUUGACAUCGUGCACCGCGACAUCAAGCCCGCCAACAUCCUGCUGGAUAGCAACAUGCAGCCCAAUGUGGCGGAUUUUGGUCUCGUGCGAGUGGAGGGGGGCAGCACCGUGUAA